UAACGCGGUGAAGUAAAAGGGUGGUUGUCCAAAUUGGACUCCUCUAGGGUUUUCUCUCACCGCACCGCUUCAAAAGCGAAUUCCGUCCCAACCUCUGCCUCUCGUUUUUCCCCUCCUCAUAAAACGAAUCCUCAACUCCUCCGUCCCAAUUCCCUUCUCCUCCGACCUCUUCCCGUCAUCACAUGGCUCUGCGCUUCUCCGGACGAUUCGAUGCCGUCUGCUCUUCCUUGAUACCCAAUUUUUCCUCUAUCGCCUUCGAAUCCCUCCUCUGUAGCUCUAGAUUGUUCCCCGCUUCCUCGUCUCGGAUCCAUCGCGCCAAACCCUGGUUCUGACGUCUCGGAGCUCUCGCCAUGGGAAAGGGUAACCGACGCAAGGUUCGUGCUGAUGAGUUUGACAGCAGUGAUGCUGAUAGCGUGAGUUCUACUUCGACGGCUUUGUCUGAGCUAACGCUGGCUGACGAGACCGAGCACGUGAACUCUCUCGAGUUCGUGCUAGAAAAGUACAUCGAUGCUCUCUACGAAAAGAGGGGAUCUACGAGGGAGACGGCUUUGUCAGGGCUUGUCGAUGCCUUUGAAGGUCACGUGCUCGCUACGUUUGUGGAAAACAAAUGUAUUACUUUAUUGCACCAAUGCAUCAAUUCAGUCAAAAGGGGAUCUACUAAGGAGAAUUGCUUAGCUUCCAGGGCCAUUGGAUUGCUGGCCAUUACUGUUGGUGCUGGAACAAGUGCACAUGAAAUAAUGGAGGAGUCAGUGCCACAACUAUCUCGAGCUCUUAGAUCUGCGUCUGAUGCACUCAAGAUAUCCGUACUGGAUUGCUUAUCCGUCAUCACUUUUGUUGGUGCAAAUGAUUUGGCUGAAACUGAAACAUCUUUGAAAAUCAUGUGGGAAGUGAUUCAUCCAAAAUCAGUCUCCAAUGUUGGGCCUUUGAAAAAGCCUAGUUCUGCUGUAUUAGCAGCAGCCAUAUCUGCAUGGUCAUUUCUUCUGACAACCAUCAGUAGCUGGAGAAUUAAUCCUGAUACUUGGAAGGAGUCAAUUUCAUUCCUGUCUACUCUAUUGGAAGCGGAUAAUCGUUAUGAUCGUUCAGUUCGUAUUGCUGCUGGUGAAGCAAUAGCACUUUUUUUCGAGUUAGGGAUACUGGACAUGUCCUAUAAUGAGGAGAGUGGUAUUGAGAGUUUUGAUGAUGAGGUCUCAAAGCGCCGUACCGUUACAUAUAUGCAAUCAAUGAAGGCAAAAAUAUCAGGUCAAGUUUAUAACCUUUCUAUGGAGGCAGGGGGUAAAGGUGCUGACAAGAAAAAUCUUAAUGAUCAGCGAGAAUUGUUUCAGAAAUUUGGGAUUUUUUCCAGGUACUUUUUUUUUGGUGAGUGUCCUGAAGUGUCGCUGAAAAUUUCAAGUAAACGUAACAUUCUGAGAACUUCAACAUGGGGCCAAUUGGUUCAGUUGAACUUCUUGAAGCAUUACCUUGGAAGAGGUUUUCUCAAGCAUGCACAGGAAAACGAACUUCUUCAUGAUGUUUUUGAAUACAUAGUAGAUAAAACAGAAAGUCUAUCAGCCAAGGAGAAGAAAAUUUCAAGGUCUAUGGAUAAAAAAGGAAGAAAUCAACAGUUGAACAAGGACCGCAGGAUGGCUCAGGCUAGGAAACAGGGGCACUUAAGUGCUCAAGAUGCAUAGAGAUUGCGCGAUUGUUUCAAGCCUAGAAGAGGGCUUCAUUCUGAAGGCUGCCUCUCCUCAGCAUCAAUUUUUGGAAUCCAGUCUACAGUUAAUGCAUGACUGUUGGUUGACUGAUUGAUCUACUUGUAAUAUCUUGAGAUGUUCAUUGGGAAGAAUAAUAUUAUACACUUCAUAUUUGUCGCUGCUUGGCAAUCCUUUCUGUGCCCAUCCCUUCAAUGCAAGAAGUUUAGAGAUGCUAAUAAAUGUUGUUUUUUUUUUUUUUGCCUGUUAACGUGACUGAGCCUGUGAACUGUAUCAAUCUCAUUCCUUUACAAAGGGAUGAGUCAUGGGUAGCUCUGCCUAUGUUCUUAAUGGCAU